CUGAGCGUCGCCCGCUUGGGAUUGUUUGCUCGUGCUCAGGUCUCUGUAUCGAAGAAAGUGUGCUGCUGUGCUGUAUGAGGUUUAAGAACCAGCCAGCAGGCCCAGCAAAGCGGAUUUGGUUUUAUUGGCCCCUCCGCCAUCCCUGCUUCCGGCUGUGCGGGCAGUAGUAAGUGAUUCAACAGCUGGAAGCCAGUGGUGCCUCGUUACUAGUUACCAGUGAAGCCGUUUAGGGAGACCUGUGCAGCGCUGCAACAUAUAUACGCAUAAAGUGCUAUUUAUAGGAAAAAGGAGCAGUGGAUUAAAUUUUUCUAGUGACGCAGUUUGGUUAGGAUGUGAAGUGUUUGGGGUUGAAAAAUCUGCUGAUUUGGCAGCCGAUGCAAGAAAGCGCAACCGAGUCCAUAGGAGAUUCGCCGCUAGCCAAGAAAAGUGUAAUCAAUUGUGUAACGAUUGGUAGCCCGUCGUUUUGAUGGUGAAUGUUGAUGGUGAAAUUUUUUCCACGAGUCUAGCUAAAGUUUGAUAGUUGUGUAAGUGUGUUGGAACUGUAACAGCAUCGUCGCAGCGAGUGAGACAGUGUUUUCUCUUGAAGCUACCUAAUUCAGCAGCAUACUGUUGCGUUUUAUUAGUUCAAUUAGCACCAGACAGGAUUACGAUGGAGGGGCGUUGAACAAGUCGUACGCGCUGGAUCAUUGGCCUGAUAGGAGAAACCUUGGGAAAGUUACAUCGAUCAAAGAUCACAUGACUGGUCGCAAUGUGUAAAAUCCCAUUAUGGCCCUGGUUAGCCAUAGCAUGGAGAUGGAGGGUAGUGCUGGUGUGGAGCUUACUACUACAAAACUGUUGCGCCAGUCCCGCACAGUUAAGUGGUUUAAGAACAAACGAUGGAAGCACUAGCGGCGUGACUGGAAGUGGAUCCGGCCCAGCAGGAGCCGGUAGCAUGGGAGCAGCUGCCGGCAGAACUAGCUCCCUUACUGGUGCAAGCAAAGUUAGCGUGGAGGCAAUUGAAGAUUCACUUCAGACGAUUCACGACAUCGCCACCGAGAACUUGGGCACUCUCUGCCUUAGCAAGCAGUAUCGCCCGCUGCGGAUUACACUGAACCCGGAGCGUUACACCGGUGCCCGCCAGAAGGCCGACCUGGCAGCAGUUGUACUUCAGGAUGUGGGAGUUGCACGACACAAUGGUCUCCUAGACGCCCUUGCGAAGGGUCUCCUAUCGGAUCUGCACGUGACGAGCGCCCGUAUUCUUUCUAUCAACAUUUCCGAUGGUAUUGUGAUGAAUUCGGCAUGGUGGAACAAACCAACCUCCGGUAUGGCUGGUCCCCUUCGGAUAGAUGAAGAAGGAAUUGCUGUCGGAAAAGCACCCGAUACAAACUAUCCUUGGUUCGAAGACGAAACUUCUUCACCGGGACUGCGAUCUCCCAAGUUCGCACCCUCACCACUUAACAUAUCGUUCCGGGGCUGGUGGACUUAUCCGUACUACUCCUGUAGUCACAAAAAAUGGAUAUUGUCCUACAGCGUUGCAAUACCACCGAUGGGAAGGCAUGGAUUACGUGGUUUCCUUAGCAUCGACAUCGACAUUUCCGACCUGCAGGUUAACCAGUGCGACAAUCCAAACAAGCUUGAACUGAUGAGCUACAAUCACCACCUGAGACAAUACUACCCGUUCGUACGGAACAUCAAACUCAGCGACGAAGAUCAACUCCACCAGAUUGAGGCGUUUCAUGGGUCGCACAAAUGCCAUGUACACAGUAUGCGCUGCGUUUAUCGACCGGUGUUCGUGAACGUGGUCACAGCAGUCAAUUUGAACUAUAAUCACUACAGUAACACAAGCAGUUUUAGUAAUGCCAACAGUAGCAGUAGUAGUAGUAGUGGCAGCACGGCAGCUAUGAUAAAAAAGAAUCUGAAAAUUAUCCAAGGCUGGACUCGGGGCGCCUAUGAGUGCAGGUGUAAAGAUGGCUUCUUUUCGGCGCCGCAUCCUCGUGGAUUCAAUGGAAGCAUCAUGGAAGUUGCCUAUCAGGAAUAUAGGGAUAACAUCAGCACUUACUACGAGGAUGUUUUCGUGUGCGUCCGGUGUGCACCUGGCUGUGUAACCUGCGCCGGACCGGAAAAGUGUCUGGCCAACUACAAUUGGAUAUUCAGAACAACCCUUCUCACGUUUUCGGUGAUGUGCGCCGGCUUCACCGUGCUCCUCGCACUGUACAUGUAUCAGCACCGCAAGGUUAAGGUUUUCAAGGUGGCCAGUCCGAUAUUCCUAACGAUUACCCUGCUCGGUUGUGCCUUCAUGUAUCUGGAGAUGGCUGCCAUCUUUCCGAUUCUGGACACCUACUCGUGCAUCGCCACCAAGUGGACACGGCACAUGGGCUUCUGUGUCACCUACACGGCCCUGCUGAUGAAAACCUGGCGAGUUUCGCUGACCUACCGGGUUAAGUCGGCACACAAGGUCAAGCUGACGGACCAUCAGUUGCUGCAAUGGAUGGUGCCAAUUCUGCUGGUCAUGUUCAUCUUUCUGGGCACCUGGACCCUGUCGGCGCCACCGUUUGCCGAAAAUAUCGUCGACCAGAAUGGACUAAUAUUCAAGCAAUGCUCGUACAACUGGUGGGACCAUAGCUUGGCCAUCGGUGAGGUGCUAUUCCUGGCCUGGGGUAUCCGGGUCUGCUACAACGUACGCAAUGCCGAAUCGCUGUACAACGAGGCCCGGCUCAUCUCGUACGCCAUCUACAACAUCGCGCUCGUCAACACCACCAUGGUUGCAUUCCACUUAUUCAUCUUCCCACAAGCGGGUCCAGACAUUAAAUACCUGCUUGGUUUCAUCCGAACCCAGCUCAGCACAUCGGUUACGAUCGCACUGGUGUUCGGUCCGAAAGUGCUCCGAAUACUACGCGGACAGGGAGACCAGUGGGAUCAGCGAGCUCGUAAACGGGGCAUAACCGCAUCGUUCUCGCUCAACGGCAUCGGUCUGGUUCCCGAAGAAACCGCAGAUCUAUACCAGGAAAACGAAGAGCUGAAGGAAGAAAUUCAAAAACUCGCUGCUCAAAUUGAAUUCAUGAAGAUUGUUCACAUGGAGAUGAACAAUCGCCACCUCAAACCGAAACCGGGAGGCUAUUUCACGCUGAAAAGUCCUCUCGGCAAAAGCAUCGGCGGCAGUGGGCUGCACUCAUCCCACAAGCACAAGCACCCGCCGAAGGAGGAUUCGCUCAAGGAGAACAGUGGUAUCACCGAGGACGGACACAGCGGCACCAACAGCUGCUACUCCGGGACAGCGAAUUCGAUCGGGCAGUACCCUGCCAGUUCGCCGGACCCGUGGCUGGAAGUUAGCUGAAAGUUUAUCUUUCCCCGUCAUCUCAGCAAUCACAUCGUGAACAGCAGCCAGAAACUUUCGUUGACCUACAUUGGAUUUUAUUUGUCGCUGCAACCGCUACAGUUGUGACAGACGACGGUCCCUCGGGCACUGGCACCGAUUUCCCGACGAAAACCUGCAGCAGCGCCUAGUAGGUACGAAGCCAUCCCCACGGCAUCAGCCACGAAAAACAGUGCAAAACAACCCUUCGGUAAUUAAAUUGGAACUCAAUUAUGUACGUGUGCUGUAUCAAACUGCCUUCGAUGAAAAACAAUGCACAUUAUAGCUCCUUCAGCCGGCGUUACCCGACACGUUGCGCGCACCGAACUCCCGCGUGCCAUUUCAAGGUUUGAUCACACAGAUAGAGAGCGGGAGCGGGAACACGCAAUCAGGGCAAUUAGUCGAGUCUUCCUCGGUGGAUCGCUAGAUGUUUGCGACAAUAAUAUUCUGACCUACACACAGGAUGGCAAUUUUUUUUUUUUUUUUUUUAUGCAUAUCUGUGUAGGAACUCGGACAAAGAUGAAACCAACUAGUGAGAUUUAUAUGCCGAAUAUAAGAAGUUUAGCUUCAGGAUAGAUCAGUGAGGAUGCAAAUUAUUAGUAAAGUAGACUGUAGCCAUUGGACUCAAUAGAGGGACUAGUAGAGAAUUGUAUGUCUCAUACAUGGACACGUCUACCUUUCGAGCGAAGGUGUCUUUUUUCUAGAACAAAUGGAGUGUGUUGUGGAAAAAAAUCAAUUAUUACCUUCGUUUGUGUACUGAAUCAAAUUAGUUCCCAGAUUCCCUUGGAUGAUUGUUUUGAAGAUAUCUAAUUUAUUUAUAUUUUGUUGACGUAAGCCUGAGAUUAUCAAGAAAUUUGCUUCGAUUAAAUGUAGGUAAAAAAGCAAGAAGGAAGAAAAACAUUACCUUUACAAUUUUUACUUGAUUCCAAAAAUCUAAACUUUCUUGGAUUUUUAAUUAUAUAUUUUGUGCCGAAUAACUCAGAUAUUAGAAUAAUUUUUCAGUGAAAAUCAAUUGUGACCCCACUUCUAGCCUUUUUUUAGCGCUGGUAAGUAAAUCUUUAGAAGGUUAAGCGUAUCCCAGUACCAAAAAACAUGUAGGCAACCUGAAGUCAAUUGCAGAUUUAUUUUCACCCACAGGCUCAAUUUCUAAACAAACAAAAUAAUUUAACGUUUCAUGCUGGCACGAGAAAUAAAUGUUCGUUCGUCGAUGUGUAACACAAGUAAAUACCAAAACAGAACCAAAGAUUCCCAUCACCAUAAAACAAUCAACCCACCCAAAGACGAUGACUAGUCGAGGAUCUACAUAUAUAUCACAAUAAUGAUAACAGAAAGCUAAAACCUAUUUUCCGCGACAAAAAUCUAUUUUCAGCACAAAACACACCGUUCGAUGUCACCAGUGCAAAAAUUCUAUUAUUUUAGUUGAAGUGAAAUCUUUAUUCACUAUGCAGCUGGAUUAUUUUUAAACGUGAAAGACUUAUCUAAGAAAACUAAUCAAAACCUGAGCCAUUUUAACAAUAUCGAAAAACCGAACGUUUGUUGUUAAAUGCUAAGAUGUUGAAAAGGAUAAAAAAUAUUUUAGGAACAUGUUUAGCGUUAGGAUGACGAUCGAAAUUAAUACACACAACCCAACUCAGUCAAUAGAAAAAAGAAGAGUGGAUGGCAAGAAUAAAUAAGGAGUCUUUACAGAGAGCAAAUACAAGCCCAUAGGGAAAUUGAUGUGAUAACACCCGUUCGACGCAGAAGGUCUACUUUCGCCGCCGUACAUUUUUCACAUAUUAGCCUCUUAAGUCGUGCUCCAUUUCCUUCCUAGCUAAUGGGGUUUCUGGUGGGUGGAAUGUAUUUUGUCGUUCUAGCUCGUUUUUUUUCCAGAAUGCUGGAAGUUUCAGUGGAAGCCAACAGAUAGUGUAAAUUCCUCCGAGGCAAAAGCGUGCGGGAAUAAUAAGCAUGUGUUUGGUUUGGACAUCGUCUCAUUUAUCCCGAGCUCAAAGUUCGAAUAAACCAAUUCCAUUUCUAUCUUGCCCGUAGCGAUGCGAACUUAUGCAUACUUCCAGAAACAGUUUUAUCUUUAUUCUGGUUUAUGACUGGUGCGAUUUUGAUUCAAGCAAAAAUCAUUACCAUUCAAAUUUUGUAGUUGUUUUUUUUUGUUCUCAUUAAAGAAAGGGACAACAUUAAAAAAUGACGAAGUAUUUUAAAGUAGAUUACCUCUAACUUUUCAAUAUUGGGUUUCCGUUUCAAAAGUGUCUGCUAAGAAAUUUUGCCAGCUUUUGAAUUCGAAUAACUUUCCUUCUACUGAACGAAAUCGCAAUAUUGUUGCACUUUGCACUAUCUGAUCGGAAAUAUGUGCAAGUCUUUUACAUCCAAUUUCGCAAUAUGUACAAAAUGGGAAAAUUCGAAAUUUGCUAGCCAAUUUCAGCCGUCAAAAAGGAACAUCUAAGCAUUUUAUCACAUACGGCUAAGUUAUUUAUAGAAGUCACGCGUGCCUGUUUUGUAUCAGUCGACGCUCACUUGCCAAACGAGCAACAUGUUGACUGUAUUGUACGAACGGUACCAGGGAUACCAAAUAUACAGAAUCAUAUGUAUUUAUACAGAUUUUCUUCCCAUUUUUGGCUCAUGAAUCUGUAUACAGACAUACAGCUUUUUCGUUGAACCAAAUUGCUGAGAUACGGUGAUACAAAAGCGAUUGUAAAGAAAUAUGGUUUUUACUUUCAGUUACUCCAUUCUCCCCUAUUCUUAAAUUAGACCAAUAAUUUCUAUUUACCUUCAUUUUGAGGGUGCCCAGUAAACGAAAUGGGGACUAGGUUAAAAAAGAUGCUGGCGAGCGGUAGACUAUUGAAGCUUUGCUCUAGGCUACUUGCUGUAACUUUCCGUUUAAUGGAAAAAUUAAAUAAAAAUGUAAAAUGCAAGCUAAAUUGCGGUUUCACGAAAGCUGGGUUUAAUAUUCUGUAUUUCUGAAAAAUUACAUCCAAAUAUCGAAUGCAUAAGAAACAUAAAAUUGUGUCGACAAGGUUUUGACGACUUUUAUUGGUACACUGAUUUAAAAAAAAUCAUGCAUCGUUAAUUUUUAGAUUUUUCCACAUUUUUUUUGUCUAAAUAUUGGGCAUAAAUUGUCUAAUUUUCAUAACAAAUAUUAAGAGUAAACAAAGUUAUAGUAUAUUGAAUUUAGCGUUUCGGGAAACAAAAUUUAAUCCAGAAUUGUAUUGUGCCCAUUGAACAUUUUUAUGGUUUCAUAUAAAAGUUAUGUUGUAAAAUAAUAAACCAAAAUAAAAUUCAUGUGAUGAGUGAGAAACUCCACGAGAAACCGGCCGACCGCAAUUUUUUUAUCGAUUACUGUAUUUUAAACAGUAAAAAUAUCUGAGAACGAGUUACAGGAAAUGAAUACUUCUAUACGAAAAAUAUAAACACUGAAAAAACUUUAUGUUAAAAAUAAAAAUUGCAAAAAAUAUUUUCUCUUAACCCAUUAUUGCCCAACUUAUUUUUCACGCGCAUCACAAAUUGUGUUUUCUGAUCGAAGAAAAAUGAUGUAGUCAUUCCAGUAAAUUUAUUUUUGUACUCAAAGUAGCUGAUAUAAUAAGGAACAACCAGUGAAAAUUUAAGAUUGAUCGGUUAACCGGUUCCUGAGAUAUCGUGAUGGCUGCGGAUGAACUUUUCAACAAAAUACAACUCCGAGAUAAUCGAGUUUUACUGUCGGUGCAGCGUGUCAACGGUCUAGCGUAUCAAACACUACGCACCGCCUACGAGUGGUCAAUGGGUAGCAGUCUAUGAAUAGCUGUAACUCAAGUUGUAGUAUUCUGAUCUUAAUGAAAUUUUGAGAAAAUUUUCCUCAGCGUAUGUAGUUUCAGAAUAUCAAAUUUACAAAUAUUCGAUUUUUUUUCAUCCUAACAAACCCUUUAAGGAAAAAUUGAUUAAAAACAAAACAUAAACACCGGUUAAACCACUCUAACUUCUCUAAACAUAUUCUGCAAGAGUAUAUGAACAGUAUUAACUCUUUGAUAAUGCCUGUUCUGCGUUAUUACUUGAGUAAUAGGAGUUAUUCUUAGCACCUACUAUAUAUAGUAGGUUGGGCAAUAAUGGGUUAAUUUUUUGUACAAAACCUAAAGAGAAGAAAUACAUUUUGAAUGUGAUUGCAUCAUGAAGAACUUACCGGGAAAAAAGUUUUUCUAAGGAUGACUUUAUACAUGUUU